AAGCUCUUUUGGCUGCUCUUCUAGAUCUACGCUUCAAAAAAUUAAAAUUUAUUACACAAGAACAAAAGAAAGAUACAGAGAAUGAAUUAUAUAAACAAUAUGAUAAUAUAAAGUUAGAUCAAUCUAAUCCUACUCCUUUACCUCUAACUCCAUCACAAUAA